UGUCGGUGUCGGAAUCCUCAUUGUCAACAGACUAGACUGAGGUGCAGGAGGAUUGGGAGCUCCUGUGAGCACACUCUGUUGAGUGUGUGUGUGUGUCGGGAUGGAGGCCAACGGAGUGUCGCCUGAUGAUCUCCUGGAGCGUCCAUGGCUUCCUGUCAGCAUUGAUGGCUGCCAUCUGCUCGCCAAGAGCUGGUUUGGAGAGACAAGGUGCCGCAUCCUGCUGACUGACCUGCACUGCGUGUGGGAGGAGACGAUGCACACGGCAGCCAUCCAGAGCCGAGCACAGGAGCUGAACAAGCGCCUGCAAGCCCCAGUCGAAGCGUUCUUCGCUCACCUGUGCGAGGUGGUUCAGCCCUAUCUGUCAGGAAGUGGCCGGCCGCACGAAGGCGAAGCGCACAUCUCUUUGAUGCGACUUGAUGGUGGCAACAUGGUCUUGAGGCUGAAGAGCAAACUAGCAGGGCUGCCCUUCUUUUGGGAGUUUCGCUGCACCCCAGCUCCCAUCACUGUGGUGUGUCUUCACCUGGUGCGCCCCCUGCUGUCCAUGAGCCACGUGCUCCACCAGCAGGUCGAGCUGUUGGAAGGUUUGCUGGCCAGGAAGGAUGCUGAGAUCCAGGAUUACAAGGAUAAUGGAGCCACUCUCAGCAGAGCCCGCCUGCAGACAGAUAUUUUUGACCAACACACCUACAGAAGCAGCUUCUUGGCAAAGACUCUCCCUCUGGUUUGUUCUGACCAUCGCGGCUCCCGAAACUUCAGCGGCAACCUGCAGGAGCUUUACGCUGCGGUCGUGGCGCACGGAAACGCACGCAAACGCAAACUGUCUGAGCAGGACGAGCGGGUUGCGGCACAUCCUGACCUCACACCAGCCACAGGUGGUAAGGCAGACGCUGAAGCAGGAGAAGAAGACAGCGACCGGAAACAGACAAGUCAAGUGGAGGAACCAAAAACCAACUCAGCCCCAGCACAGCAGGUUGUCGUCACCUGCCGCCGUGCUGAGCGAGCGUCUUCCAAAGCAAAGAAGAAGAAAGUGGUGGGCUUGUUCCGAUGACUGCCAGCAGUAUGAAACACAAACUGUCAUUUUAAAGGAGGACAUUUUAAUUAGUUUUAGAUGGAUUUUAAUCAUUUUAUACUAUUUUAUUUUUUUUUAGCAUGGGACAUGUCGGCAUUUUAUCUGAUUAUGAAUAUUGACAAUAAAUUGCUUGGAAGUUAUUUGCGGAAUCAACUCCAAAACAACUCAAGAUGAUGAAAAUGACGUACUGUAGCCACUUCAGACAUGCUUAACAAGUCACAUUCAGGAACAUCACUUGCCUACAUUUGCACAAUGCAACAUGUCUGAAAAGGAGCAGGCAGAAGUGCAGUUAAUUUAAUCCUACCCUUUCCACGGGUCUCUUGCUGCUAAUUCAUUCACACCACAUCUUAUACAUUUUUGCAAUUUGCUUACAUUUUAUCAUAAAGGGGAAAAAAAGGGAAGGUGUUGAAAAAAGUAAUCAAAUUCAAUAAAGUUAAUAUGCAAAUAUAGUUUGUGCAGUGUUUACGGGAAAUAAGGAAUAAAAAUGUUAAAAAAUAGA